AUGUCAUUCAGAAAUUCUCCUGCUUUAUAAUAAGAACGAACUAGAGGUAAUAGUUUAAAUUGCAAAUCAUAUUUAAGAAACACUUAGAAUUUAACUAAAGUUGAUUAGGUCUCUUAUAUGUAGAAAUAAAAUAAUUCAAAAAAAACCUAAGAUUACUAAUUUCAAUUCAAAAAUUAAACUAAUAAUUAGGAUAACUAUUUAACUUUUCUGAAAUAUGGAAAAAAUGGUGAAUAAUUGUAGAAAGCAACUUAAAUAAUCAAUCCAUAGAAUUUAAGAUAUUUGAGUCCAUCAAAUAUAAAUACAGCCAAAAAUGAUUUUGAAUAGAAUAAUUUUUAAUAAUAAGAUAAUUCAUUUUAAGAAAUAGCUGAUUUAAGAAUAAGAAAUGAUAAAACUAGAAUGUUCUAUUAAACAUAAAUUGCAGGGUUAUAAAAUGUUUAAGAUUAAUUAAAAAUAGAAAACAUUAGUUUAUCUAAUACAAUUAAAAGUUUAUCACAAUAAUUAAAUGAUGCCAGAUAUAUUAUAUAGAGAUUAUAUUCAUAAGUAGAUUUAAAUUAAUAAUAAGAUUAAUAAGAUAAUAGUAAUAAUAAUGAAAAUAAUUUAGUUUUUUAUGAAUAUUAAAAUUUCAUUUUAAAAUAAUUAAAUCAAUUAGAAUAAUAAACACUUUAAUCUUUAGAAUUAAAAGAAGAUAAAAUGCUUAAAAUUAUGAAAAAAUUAAAUAAAAUAAAUAGAAAAUAGUAAAUAGAUGAAGAUUUAUUAAAUAGUGCUCGUUAAAUAGAUUCUAAAACUAUUAUAAAUGAAUUAAAAUAAGAUAAAUAGAAUUUGUAAUAAAAAGUUAAAAAUUUAGAAAUACAAUUAAAAUAAGAAUAAAGAAAAUAAAGCAAUGAAUUAAAAUUAAAUUAAGCUUAACAGAUUGAAGAAUAAUUUAAUGAAUUUAAAAAAAAACAUUAAUAAAUUAUAUAUAAUUUAGAAUAAGAUAAAAAUACUUCUUUAGAAAAGGAAUAAUAAAUUAAAAAAGAAGCAUAAUCAAAAAUUAAAAAAUUAGAAAAUUAACUUAUUACAUUAAUGGAUGAAUUAGAAGGUAGAGAUUAAGUUAUUGAAUCACUUAAUUAAACUAUAAAUUCAAAUAAAAAUUAGGUAAAUAUUAAUAAUAUAAUAUAUAGACAUAAAAAUAAUAAGAAGUAUAAUAAUUAAUCAAUAAAUUAAAAGAUAAUGAGUAAAUUUAAUAGGAUUUAAAUUAGCAAAUAUAAUUAAUGAAAAAAAAUAAUAAUACAAUUUUAAAUGAAUUAGAAAAUUAGAAAAUUGAAGUAUAAAAAUUAAAAAAAGAUUAUUCAAUUUUAUUAAAUUAAUUUGAUUAAAUUAAAUAAGAAAAUACUGAAUUAGUUAAAAGAAUUUAAUAUGUCAAUUAAUAAAAACAAUAAUCAAUAGAUUCAUUAAAUGAUUAAUGGUAAAUACAUAAUGAUAAAUUAUCUGAAUAAUUAGCAAUAAAUGAAGAUAAAUAUAUAAAAUUAUCUACUAAUUAUAAUUAAUUAUAAAAAUAAAAAUAAGAUUUAGAAUCAUAAUUAAAUUUAUUAAAAAAAGAAAUUGAAAGUAAAAUAGAAGAAUUAGCAGAAUUUGAAUAAAUUUAACUAAGAGUUAAUAAAUAAAAUUAGACUAUUUAAAAUUUAGUUUAAUAGAAUUAAUAAUAUGAAAUCACUUUAGUUAAGAAUAUUGAUGAAAAGAAAUAAUUUGAAUAAUAAAUCUAAGAUUUAAUAAAGACAUUAAAUGAAUUAUCUCAAGAAAAAUCAAAUAAAUCAUUGUUAUCAGAAAAGAUUAAAAAUUACGAACAAGAAAUAGAUUAAUUAAAUAAACAAAAUUCUUAAUUAUUAAAUUAAAAGAAUGAAUUACAAGAAUAAAUUAAAAAUGAAAGAGAUAAAUUAAAUCAAUUAAUAUAUAAUUAUGAUAAAAUAGAAAAUUAAUUAGUUUUAGCCAAUUAAGAAAUGGAAUAAUAAAAUUAAAAAAUAAAUAAAUAAUAAAAAGAAAAUUUGGAUUUAUUGAAAUAGAUGGAUGAAUUAACUAAAUAAAAUAAGUAAUUAUUAAAAGAAUAAAAUGAAGAAUGGGAGGAAUAAAAUAAUAAUCUAUUAGAAAAAUUAGCAAAAAGUGAAAAUAAUUUACUUAUUUUAUAAUAAACAAAUACUAAUUAAUUAAGAAUGAUUGAAAAAUUAUAAGUUCUAGAAAUUGAGAAUUAAUAAAAAGAUUAAUUAAUAUCUAAUUUAUAGUAAUAAUUAGAUGAAUAAGUAUAAAUAAAUGAGAAUAAUUAAAUUACAUAAGAAACAGUAGAAUUAUAAAAUUAAUUAUAAGAUAUUAAUAAGGAAAAAGAAUAUUUACUUAAUGAUAAUAUUUAAUUACAGAAUAAAUUUAUAAAUGAAAAAUAAUAAUAUGAAGAUGAGAUUGAAGAAUAAAGAAAAAAAGUAGAAUAAUAUGAAAAUGAAAUCUAAUAAAAUUAAAUUAGAUAAGAAUAAUUAAAUGAUAAAUUGUAAUAGGCAUUAAAAUAAUUAGUAUAAGUAUAAUCUGAGUUGUAAGAUGAAUAAAUUAAAUCAUAAUAAUUAAUGAAUUAAUUAUAGAGUAUUUCUGAUAAUAAAAGUUCUUUAUAAUAAAAUUAAGAUCUAUUAGAUAUAUUUGAAUCUUAAGUGUCUCCAAGAUAAUAAGUAUCAGAAACUAUAUAAUAAAUAACUGAAACAAUAACAUAUCCGGAAAUAGUUUAAUAAUAAAAUUAAAUAAAUUUAUUAUAAUAACAAAUAUAAUAGUAAUAAGAAAUUAUACAAGAGAAAGAUUUAGAAAUUAAUUUCGUUAUUUAAUAAAAAAAUGAUAUGGAAAGUAGUUUGGAUAUGGCAAAUGAAAAAAUGAAUAAUCAAGAUAAUCUAAUUCUAUAAUUAAAUUAAGAAAAAGAGAAGCUUGUUUAAGAAUAAAAGAUAGAAAUUAAUCAUUAGAAAUAAAAGAUUUCUAGUUAAGAGAAAGUUAUAUAGAGUUUGUAAAGUCAAAUUGAGGAUUUAUAAUAAGAAUUAUAGGUUUAUGAAAAUAAAUAAAAAGAAUAAGAAGAGAACAUAUAAUAAAGAAUUUUUGAAUAAAAUUAAGAAUAAUAAUUAAAAAAAUUAAUUGUUGAAAAAGAUUAGGAAAUUUAAUAAUUAAAAGAAGAAUUGAAUAAAAUACAUGAAUAAAUAGAUUAAAUCUAAAAUAAAUCUAUAUUGAGUAAUAAAUCUAAAAGAAGUUUAUAACUGGCAAAAUUUGAUUAAUUUAUGGAUAUAAAUGAAGAUGAGAAUAAUGAAGAAUUUGAGGAUGAAGAUGAUUUAAGAUUAGAAAAAUUAAUUUUAAAAGAAUAAUUAAAUAAGAAAGAUGAUUAAAUUAAAUAAUUAGAAUUAUAAAUAAAAUAAUAAGUAUAAAAUGAAUAAGAUAUUGAAAAAUUAUAAUAAAUAGAAAAUGAGAAAUAGUAACUGUAAAAAUAAAAUGAACUAUUAUUAUAGGAAAUUGAUAAAAUGUAAAAAGAAAUAGAAAAAUUAAAGGAGGAAUUAAGAAAGAUUCAUGAAUAGAUAGAAUUGCAAAUGAAUAAAUCUGUAAUUAGCAAUAGAUCAAAACGAAGUUAAAAUUAAAUACAAUAUGACUAAUUCUAAGAUUUACCUGAUGAUAAUAGUUAAGGAUCAUAGGAAGAUGAUGAAAAUGAAGAAUUAAAUUUAUUUGUAAUGUAAAAGAAAACUUUAGAUUAACAGAAAUAAAUUUAAAUUCUAUAGGAAACAAUAUAAAAUUUAAAGGAAGAAAAUAAGUAUUAAAUCUAAAAUAAGCAAGCUCUUUGUAGGAGGAAAUUAAGUUAUUAAAAAAUAAAAGUGUGCCAUAAAAGCCAAAUGUUGAAGAGAUAGAUUGGUUUGAUUGA